AUGAAACACCAGAGCCCCCCAAAUCCACGACCAAGGCAGCAUCAGGGACAGCGCCACCAGGCCCCAUUCCAGGAAGAAGUCAAGUCGCUCAACAACAACAACAACAACAACAACAACAACAACAAUAUCAACAAUAUCAACAAUAUCAACAACAACCACAACAACAUCAAGAACAACAACAUCAACAACAUCAACAACAUCAACAACAACAACAACAACACCAACCUUCGCCAAGAAAAUCAACGCCGGAGUCCAGCGUCCUCGCACAGGCUCAAGCUAUAA